AAGCCUGGGAUUCUGGGAUUCUGUGGAUCCUGCAUGUGGCAGGUCCAGGGGCUGCAGCUGAGCUGUGGUGCAAUGGUGUCAUUUUGAAGUGCCAGAACUUUUCGGUUUGGUGAAGAACUUACUGUGUAGCCACUCAAAACUGUGAUGCUUUAACAUUUUAUUACACUGUAAUUCCCCUUGAGGUGCAGGAAAUUUUCUGGAGGUGCUAAAAGCCCUUGGAGAUGGUAGGAAAACACUACAGAUACUCUGUGUCAGUUCUCUACCAAUCACUUUAUUUUCCUCCAAUUCCUUUUUUAUACAUAUUUGUUUACUGUAUGGAUUUCACACAUCCCAAAACUGCCUCCAUGCGAUAUUCCACGGGAGGGAGAAAUUGGUCUUAAAGACUUUUAUGAGGUUGACCUGAGGUUACAACCUGUGGCAAUGUUCCUGGAUUUGGGAGAGAUGAUUAUCUGCUCUCUCCUUCACUGUGGUUACCCUCAGCUAGAGCUUAAUUAUGAUUUUUUUGCUGCAUCCCUUUUGUCAGUGAUUUUUUUUGGUGGCUUUAAAGUUAUACGCUCCUGUAACAUCAGAGUCCCUGCAAGGGCUGAUUGGGGAUUGAGCUUUUAGAAAGUUUUUUGUGUUCAUUUUCCUGAAGAAUUUAGUGAGGACAAAAACAGUAAAAGAAACCACCUCAGCAGCAGCCAGACACAGGUUGUAGAAGUGUGUGUUCAUGUAGUCCUGAGGUUUUCAGCUGGUCCUGGUCCCUUUGGAUUGAUUCCUCACUGGUGGGAGUCAGCUCAGCCCAGUUCCUGCCCCUGCCCUGGCGUGUGGCCAUGGCCACGUCCUCCUGCCCGCCCUGCUGACUUGUCACCCCGAGCAGCAGCACAGGCUGGGAGGGUUGUGGUGCUGAAUUAAUGUCUGCAGGACACUUUGAUCUCCCAGGAGGUGUCAGCCUGCAAGGGACCUUGGGCUGGGAGGGCUGUUGGCAGGAGCUGGUGCUGAGGCAGAUGUGCUGGAGGCAGAUGUGGUGCCCCAGCGAGGAUCAGCUCCAUCUGUUCAUGACCAAACCCCAUCUGGGGGCGGCUGCUGAUGCAAACGCUGCUGUAAAACCAGCCCUCACCCCCGUCUGUUUGAUGUUCUCAGUGGUGCAGCCCCACUCCAAGGCCCACCAGCAGAUCCUGUGGUACUUUGGCACUGAGAUCCUCCUGGACAAUGGCGAGAUAAACUGCGAGGCUCUUGGGAACAUGAUCUUCUCCCAGCCGGAGAAAGGGCGGCUGCUGAACUCCAUCACCCACCCUGAGAUCCUGAAGGAGAUGCUGAAGCAGAUCCUGAAGUACUUUGUGCUCGGAUACCGCUACAUGAUCCUGGACAUCCCUCUGCUCUUCGAGACCCACGGGUUGACCAAGUUUAUGAGAUACACGGUCUUGGUUUAUUGUGACCCCCCGGCGCAGUGUGCGCGGCUGAUGAGGCGGAACGGGUUGGACAUGGCCACAGCUGAUGCCCAGAUCAGCUCCCAGAUCCCACUGGAGGAGAAACUCCAGUGGGCAACUCACAUCAUCGACAACUCGGGGGACAGGGAGAGCACCUGCCGGCAGGUACUGCGGCUCCACACCCGCCUUGAAGAUUCCCUGGAUUUCCUCUGGGCCCGGCUGGUGGUGGGCACGGCCAUCGCUGGGCUUGGGGGGCUGGUGUUACUCCUCCUGUGGCAUCUCAUCUCCUAAUUCACCUUUUCUCUUAGUCAAGGAAGGGGCCUGAAUUCCCUGGUUUGAAAAGGGCACCAAAAGGUCACCUCUGUUAAUGAUCUUUGCCAGCUGAAUGCAGACAGCAGCGAGAGGUGUCUCCUUGCACAGUUCCCAAGGUGAAUGUAGUCAGGGGUUUUUUUCCGGCACCUUCUCCCUGCUCAGGUUCUUGCCCACCAGUUGUGCCUCUGGGGGAAGGCUCUUAUUGUCCCCCCUGUGGGUCUCUAUGGUGGGACUUUGGUGAGUUGAGGCACUUUAAUCUGGGACGAUCUCAUUCUAAUCCAGGACAAUCUCACUUUAAUCCAGGACAAACUUUAAUACAGGACAAUCCCACUUUAAUGUCUUCCAUGACAAUCUCUUCCCUGGGAAAAGGUGGCCUCCUGGGCUCUGUCCCUUCCAACAAUGUCCCUGGGGUGAUCCCCUGCAGCUCAGCCCUCCUAAUCCGAGUUUAGACCUGGGAUUUCCCCUUUUUCACAUUGAUUUAAUGGAAACGUGUUAAAUCUGCCUGGGAGGGACGGACAGCACCUCGUUCUUGUGGGUUGGGUGUUCAGGUGGCUGCUCUCCUCCCUCCCGCCCUCUGAUUCUGUAGCCAUCGCUAGUGGAUCACCCUUGUCUUUGGAUCCGAGGGUCUGAUACAGCCUGGAGCGGGCAGAGACCUGGGCUCUGCCUCGUUCAGACUCAUUUCCUGCUGUUUGAGCUUCCUUCGGCGGCACUUUCCUGGCGGGAGAGCCGAGCCUGGGCGAGGCGGGUGCUGGCUCUUCACUUUUGUUUUAAUAAAACACUGAACAGCAGCUGCUCCCGCGGCUGCUCCCGCA